GGGAUAGACAGGAAUGGUGUUCCUUGCCUCGCCAUGGAGGGGCCCCGGAAACAUCAACAACCUGAGCGUGACACCACGGGAUGCGAGCAAGAUGUACGUGUACAUAGAAUCCUGCGUCGCAUGACACUGACAGUCAUUGACGCGACGGCUGACCAAACUGAGACGGAGAGCCAGAGGUUUUGACGUGCAGAGAUAUUAACGCGCAAGGACAUCGUGAUGGUCGUCGACUACAUAACUAGACUCGACAGUCUUCUUGAAGCUUGAAGUCUAGAGCUCGAACGAAUCGCGCCUUAGAGGACCCUAACGAAAAGAAAAAACUUCAUCAGCACGGAAGUCCCAAUUCCCAAAGGUAUGAUGAGAAACAACGACAACGAAGUUUAAAAAAUCAGUUACUCGAUGUAUAUCAACAAGAACCCCGCUCAUCUCCACAUUUGUACACCGGGAGACUUCGCGAGCGGGGUGCAUUCGUGUCCGCCCAUCGAAAGAGUGUAUCAUCAUGUUUGUUUUAUUGCCACCCUCACACACCAAAUACCGAACACCACGCUCGACAGAAGAAAGACGGAAAAGAUGCUCACCAUUCUGUCUCGAUUCACACCAUUGGACAUAUAAACACC